ACUCAAUAAAGCAUAAUCCCUCUCUCUCUCUCCCUCGCAUUUCGUCCGCCUGUCUCCGAUCUCCGGCGUCGCGAAAUCUUCUCCAGUGCUGCGAUCUCGUGUUUCGGACUUUCAAUGGCGAGUCCAAGUUCCGUCUCUGAAGAUAGAAAAUCGGAUGGCCUCGAAAUCGUCUCCGUCGGAGCUCUCUAUAGAGGCUCCUGGGACAAGAAGUACUGGAGCUCAUCUAGGGGAAAGGAUCGUUUCCCUUAUCCUGUGGGCUACAAAGCUGUUCGAGCUCACAAUGGGAACAUAUAUUAUAUGGAGAUUGAAGAAGGUGCCAAAGGACCUUUAUUCCUGAUUAGAUAUUUGGCUGAAUCAUGGACGGGUCAGACUCCAGAUAUUGCAUGGGGAAAGUUUCAGAAGGCGGGCAUCUCUCACUUGAAAGUAUGGCAUGGAAAACGAUUUACAUGUAAGAUGGACGGCAUGGAGUUUUUUGGCUUCAAAAAUCCUCUGGUUCAGAGAUUGCUCCGGGAACUUGUGACAAAUUCCCACGGAAUGGUAGAAUCUAGCUCCAGCAGUAGGGCCUCUCAAAUCCGGGUCGAUGAUGAACGACCAGUUAUGUGUGAAAAUCCAAAUUUAAUAUGUUAUCUGGACAUGCCAGUGGCUAGAAAGAAACGAAGUAGAAAAUCAGAAUCAGUAUACCAGGAUUCAGUAGUUAAAGAUGGUCAUAAAAAGCCAAGAUGCCAAGACUCAUCUUGUGAUACCGAUAUUUUAAAUUCAGCACCAGUGGAAAUAGUUGGCAUUGAAGCAGCACCACCUAGGCAGUUGCAUUCAGAAACCCCCCCAGUAGUGAAAGCAGUCGUCCCUAUCCAAGAAACAGACAUUCCUGACAGGUGUAAAUCAAAGCCAUUAUCCAACAUUUCGGAAGAGCUUCAUGGGUUGCAAGAAAAGGAAUACAUACCCAACCCUGAUGUUUUUCUGCACGAGAGCGAAGAUAUGACUGGUUCCAAUCUUUUUGCACCCGACACCUUGGAGUUCGUGCAAGAUAACAAUAUAAGUUCUGCUCCAAUAAUGGAUGAUAAUACAAGUUGCGAGCAAAAAGAAGAAUUGACCCUUGCUGACAUGGUAGUUAAUGAGGAGCAUUCAUCUGAACCAAAUGCAGAAGAUUUAGCUGAUUCAGCUGAUCAGGAAAGUGCCAUAUCAAUGAUCUCAUUUCUACUUCCUAAAGCAAUUCCACUCCUGAAGAAGGCCUCAAGCAAGAAGCGAAAAACAAAUGAUUUGUCAGGAACGCAGUCUUCCAGAUUAAAUCGUUCUAACAACUGCAAAACGAGCCAACUGGAUAAUGCAUCAGAAGCUGCUGUGUCACUGUCAAUAAAAACAUGCAGUGGAGAUGAUGAGAACGCGCAAGUCGUUGCUCUGGAUUCUGUUCAGGAUUUUACCAGUAAUGGCUCCAUUGCUCCGGAUAGUUUUGAUGAGUCUUACUUGGAUGUUCCUGGGAAUGGUCAUAUCAUCUCUUACAAGGAAGCCUGUCCCACAGAUCUUCCCAAAAUGCACAUAGCCAAGGAACAGGCUGCAAUAGUGAAUUCAAAUCUAACGGCCCCUGCUUUGGAUACUACUGAGAUCAUAAACCCACCUUCACAUGAUGUUUGUAAUAUUGUGGAAGAAAAUAAUCAAGACGGAUCUGUGAAGAAUUCCAUGUCAAUACCACACUGCACCAGUUCAGCUGACAGGAUUUUAUCCCAAGAAUCUGAGGAACUCCGUGCAGCAGAAGGAGGCUUAGUGCAAACAGAACACCACUCUGAAAACAAGGAACGAAAGGGUAUAUCCUCUUCUACUGAAGGUGGCACAACCCCUACUGAAGUUAGUUCUAUCAGAAAAGAAAUGCAUAAGGUGUAUAGCAGGAAAAAACGCUCGACCAAUCAACAGCGAAGAAACAAAAACUCAUCCUCUGAAAGUGAAAACAGUUGCAGAAAAACUGGUGAUGAUGACCCCAUAAGCAAAGUGUCUCAUAGUAAAACCCCACGUAUCUUGGAGCUUCAACCGACCUUGUCUACCAACUCUGAAUCAGAUAGAACAAAUCCGCAGGCGGAUGGAAGCGGCCAUGUAACAGAACAAUACCAGGGUCCUGAGUUGGUGAAGAUGAAUAACACUAAUGUAUUAAGCAAUGAGGCUUGCGUGGUACCAGAAGAUAUAAGCCCAGCUCAUUCUUCUGGAGACGCACGUGUAUCAUCAUCCUCAUUUCCAGUUUCAAAAGUUGAGGAUUUUCAAGCCCAUAUUGGUGAGGCAAUGGACAUCCAAGUCUCUGAACCUUCCACAAAGUCUCAGCAUAAGGAACAAACUAGCGAGAAAAGCACGUCGGUGCUGGAAAUUCCAGCUAGUUCGAAUUUAAAGGUCGACAGAGAUAUAAAGAUCGACAAUGAAGUGGAAAAAACUGUUGAGCUGCUUGGCUGCUACUUUCAUCCCAUGCCUGUUUCAUCAGUAUCACUCAAGUCUGUUGGGAAUGAAAUCUAUAUAUAUGUGUUGAGCUUUGCUACAGAAGAUAAAGUUAGAACCCUGUUUUUGUACAAGUUAUCAGCCAAAGCACAAACUAAAGGAUUCCCCUCUGUCGUCGGUCACGCACCUGUCGUACUCCCUGUUGUUGAUGGCAUAUCUGGUGGAAAUAGAACACUCGAGAGAUCUUAUUUUCACUUCACUCCGGAAGGGCAACAUCUUAUUUUUACUGGCAACAUCAAAACACCUUAUUGCAGGAAGAAGGAAAUUGAUUGCUCAUGUUUGACUUGUACAUCAGCCUCCUUUGAAGAGAAUGCAGUGAGAAUUGUCCAGGUGAAAAAUGGUUAUGUUUCUCUUGUGACAAAACUUCAAGCAGUUGACAGUGUGCAGUGCGUGGUGGUGUGCGAUCCUAACUAUGUCAUUGCAGUUAUUAAGAGUGGAAACCUUAUUGUCUGGGCCAUGAACCCACAUUGGAGAGGUCAUACCGAAGAAUUCGUUAUCCUCCCAAAUCCUUGCAUGUCUAAAUGCAUCGUGGAACUGAAGAAGAUUCCAAAAUGUCCUCAUCUCAUUGUUGGGCAUAAUGGUAUUCGAGAAUUUACAAUAUGGGAUAUCUCAAAGCGGUGCCUAGUAUCAAGAUUUGAAUCUCCCAGUAAUAUGAUCUUUGAGUUCAUCCCAACCAGCUUGUUUGCGUGGCACACUGUACAUAGUCAUUCUACCAUCGAGGAUCAUGUUGACAUGAUUUUAGCAGCAACAAAACUGUGGUUCUCAAAAGGGACCAACAACAAAACAUUGGUUCCAGCUGAAGUCAAAGACACUGCCAUCUGGCUUUUAGUCUCCACCGAUCCUGACCCAGACGCGAGUGUAGAAAGUCCAGCUAGAUGUUGGAGACUGGCUCUGCUUGUGAGAAACCAAGUCAUAUUGGGAAGUCAACUAGACCCGAGGGCUGAUGUAGCCGGCACGGUAUCUGGUCACGGAGUAGCAGGCACACUUGAUGGACUUGUGUACUUGUGGGACUUGUCGACAGGCACUAAACUCGGCUCUCUCCAUGAUUUCAAAGGUGAAGGAGUUUCAUGCAUAAGCUCAGAUGAUUCCGGAAAUAUAUGUAUAGCAAGUAAGGAUGGUCAGCUUUUGGUUUAUUGCCAUCCCGCAAAGGAAACUCAAAAUCAAGGAGGCUCUUAUCAGAAGAAAAUGCCGACUCUCACAAAGCUUUACUCCAUGGAAGAAGCCGCAACUCACAACAAGCAAGACGACUGCUGGAUCGUCAUCGACGGCAAGGUCUAUGAUGUAUCCUCGUAUAUGAAUGAUCAUCCUGGAGGAGAUGAUGUGCUUCUUGCUGUCACCGGCAAAGAUGCAACAGAUGAAUUCGAAGACGCAGGGCACAGCAAAAGCGCUAGAGAGCUCAUGGAGAAGUACUUUAUCGGCGAGCUAGACGAAGCUUCCGUACCGGAAAUACCAGAGCUUAAGAUCUACAAGAAGGAGCAGCCAAAAGACUCUGUUGAGAAGCUUGUCGACUUGACAAAGCAGUACUGGGUUGUUCCUGUCUCCAUUAUCACCAUCUCUGUUGCUGUGAGUGUCCUCUUCUCUCGCAAGAAGUAGCCUGUUUCUUGCCUGGAGAUUUGUCUGAAAUAUUGAAUUACUGGGGAAUCAACUUUCCACGAGAACUCCCCAUUAUAGAUUUUGAAUAACAGAAAAGAUAGAUCAAUAUUAUUAUUUUCUCUUUUAUAUUUUGAGUUGGGAUCAUGUUAUGAUGCACAAAUUAAUGAUAUGAUUAAUGAAUGCUUUGCUGGUAUCAACCUUCUUAUUAAGAAUUCUGUUUCAGUG